AUGGACUUCAGCUUGGAGAGCCUCGAUUAUCUAAAUCGGGAUGGGGUAUCAAUGGCCCACCCGAAGACUGCUGCUGCUGCUGUGGCUCUCAACGGAUAUAACGAUCGGGGGACAUCAAGCCUCGUAACCAAGGAUAGGACACAGGAUGAUAGCGCCUCAACAAAGAAAAAUGAAAACCAAGCCAAUGAUUCAUACGGAAAUUAUCAACAAGUUAAUGGCCACAAUGAUGCAGUGGGACCAAAUCCCGACCUGUCGAGGCCCACGGACAUCUACAACGCCCGCACAGUUGCCGACAUCAAAGCUAUCCUAUCCCACCUCCACGACCGCGAAGUUGCCGUAACCGCCCGCCUUGACGCCUUCGUAGCUUCUCAGAACGACUUCUUCCGCGAACUGGGCCGACUGGAUCUCCUCCGUGCCCACCUCAGGUCGCAGGCCAGCACCACCCGCACGAUCAGCCACGGCAUGCUAUCGGACGCCGCAAGCACCGCCGACCGCAUCUCCAGCGCCGUCCGGCGUCUCGACCUCGAGCAGUCCCGUGUCAAAGCCACGUUAGACGUGGUGGAGCAAGUUGUAGAAUUGAAAGCGUGCGUGCUAGGCGUCGCGGGGUCCAUGGGCGCAUCGCAGGAUUGGGAAAUGGCGGCAAAUUACAUGAAUCGUGCUUCGAAGGUUCCCCGUGAAGUGCUACAUAGUGACUUUGCGGCGGAAAUUGUGCCUACUGCUGAAGUUCCUGAUCCGCCAAGCGUGACGUUGGAGAAUGCGGCGGAGUCGUUGUGCGGGCUGUUUCUGAGGGAGUUUGAGAAGGCGGUUAAGGACAAUGAUGAUGCGAAGAUUACGAGAUUUUUUAAGCUGUUUCCCCUUAUUGGGAGGUCGGAGGUUGGGUUGGAUGUAUAUGGGAGAUAUGUGUGCCAGGGCGUCGCGGCGCGGGCAAGGGCGAAUUUGUAUCCUGGGGCUGGCGCGGAGCAGAGGAAAGAUGGGUUCUUCUAUGCGAAUGCGUUGACGAAGUUGUUUGAACAUAUUGCGCAGAUUAUUGAUGGGCAUGGUUCCUUGGUUGAGAGACAUUAUGGCUCGGGUAAGAUGACGAGGGUUGUGGAAAGGUUGCAGGUCGAGGCGGAUGUCCAAGGUGGGAUUAUUUUGGAGUCCUGGAGCGAUGACCGUCAUGUGGAUCGCAAGUUGACGGAUAUCAAGUCUUAUGCUUUUACGUUCCUUGUCCAGAGCUUCCUACCAGCUUCAAGGACUAUGGGGACGCCCGGAGCGAACUCGCCGGCCAAUCGCGAUGUGGCAUUGCAUAGAUCGAGUGAGGAUGAAGGGGUUGAUAUGAAGGAAGUCGAUGGAUUGUUGAAUGAGGCGGCUGUUAUGCUGGGGAGGUGGUCUUUGUAUUCACGCUUCUUGGCUGAUAAAUGCAGGAAUGACGAUGAGGCGGAAUUCAAGCUACCAGAAUUCCUAGUUCAGUCGACGCUAUCCCAAAAGGUUCAUGACCGGCUAAUAGCCCCAUUCAACUCAAUGACCACAUUCUUUCUCCGCCGCUCAGUAGAGAAAGCCUUCCAACUCGACGAAGGGCCACCCGAACUGACACUGAACCGCCACCAACCCCUCCGCGCCAACCCACCCCACAUCACUUCAGCCGUCGACGACAUAAUGUACAUUGUCAACAAAGUCCUCCAACAAUCCCUCCGCACCGCCCAACACGCCGUCAUGGCCAGCGUGAUGCCAACGCUCUCCCGCGUCCUUGGCUCCGACUUCAUCGGCAUGAUCCAGCGCAAGAUGCGGGACGAAAGCUACCCACGAGCAGUGUCAGGAGGCACACCCCCCGAGGCCACAAUCAUCGCCUUUCUUGUCCUCAUCAACAACCUCGACGUAGCCAUCGACUACAUCCAACGCAUCGUGAAAAGCCACGUCGAACCACCACCCACUAAGCCGACGACGGCAACGGAAGCCAUCAACAAUAGGGCUGGCGAUGGCGGUGCAGUCCCCGGCGAAUCCCCGCUAGCCAACCUCUUCCCCCUCGCCGACGAGGCACAGGAGGUAUGCAAUCUGCUACAAUCCUUCUGCUCCUCCUUCGACUCCAAAGCCACGGACCUCAUCAACGACGGGAUCCAAGUCGUCGCCAACACCGUCAUCAAGUCCCGUCUCCGACCGAUCCUAGCAGAGUCAUUUCGCGACGUCGAGUACCAACCGCGUGACGACCGGGCCGUCGACAGCCAUCACCACCAGCAGCAGUACUACGGGAGCCCCGAAUUCGACAACGAGAUGCUGGACGAAACUGGCAUGGAGGGUGCCGGAGGUAGUGCCGUGCGUCGCCGCUUUGCGUUAGCGUGGGCGGAUCUCCUGGAACCCAUUGCGCGAAUCCUUACUGGGCGGGCCUUUGAGAAGUUGCUGGGCGUGACUGUGGCAGCGCUGGCGCGGCUGCUGGAGAAGCGGAUCUGGUCGUAUCAUGGGCGCGUGAAUGCGUUGGGUGCGACGAGGUUGGAGCGGGAUGUUAUGGGGAUUGUAAGUGCAGCGGUUGACGUGGGGGGUGGGAGGGCGGCGGAGGAGGAGGAUCGGGCGCGGUUGUAUGGCGGGGUGCGAUAUCGGCAUCGCGAGGCGUUUGGGAGGUGUUUGCAGAUUGUCAUGGUGAUGGGGAUGGAGGAGGAGGAGUGGGAGGAGGUCGUUAAGGGGGGGAUGGAGGAGGUGGUGGAUCGGCUGAGCGUGGAGGAGCGGAUAAGGGCGAGGGGGAUUAUUGGGUACUGA